CCGCUCCCUCGACGAUGCGCUUCCCAUCACGAUCAUCCCCUGCGACAGCACUCUGAAUCACCAUUCUGCUGGAACAGGACGCAAUGAGCUGUCCUGCUCGCAUCAACCAGCGCACCGCAAAAGGCAAAUCGUUCAUUGACAUCCACUGAUUUCUGCCCCUCAUGUCAGACCGGUACUUUGGAGACAAUCGUCGUCGAGGCCCGGCCGGUUUCAGCUCAGGCGGGAGACGCACUGCUCUCGGAUACUGGGUACCUCUCGCUGUUACAGUUACAGUUGCUGCUGUUGGAUUGGUCGCUUGGGUAUGGAGUGAGCGCAAUGACGGCGACGAGGAUGGACAUAAUGAUGGACAGGAGGGUCGCGCGCCUAUUGGUCUCGACCCAGGUGCCGACGAUCCAGGAUAUGCGCAAGGGACUACCACUGGGACCCAACACCGAUCCCCGGGUGAGGAGGAUAGCGUGAUAUCUCGAAUGCAAGGCGCCUGGCGCCGGACACCGAGUCCCCAGCAAUUGUUUGACGGUGCCAGCAAGACGGUCGCUGCUGGUGUUGCAGCUGCAGGAGCUGCCGUUGGAGGAGCCUUGAGCGCAAUCCGUGAGGAGGGGACGAACGACUUCGAAGAUCAUUCAAGAUGGGCUGAGGAGACAACUGCGCCAGGUUCUACAGGGCCGCCUACUCGCUCUGCGCCCGGCGUGCUUCCUCGUGGAGCUUCGUUGGCUGCUGAUCCCACUGCGAAGAAGAGAAAGACGGUCGCUAUCGUUGUGUCAUCCGUAUGCAGUGGUGAAAGUGAUGAGGAAAGCGCAUCUGAACACGCUUCCAUUCUUGCCCGCCUACCAGAAUAUAUCGAACCCGAGGCGGCACGUAUCUUCGUUCUUAUAUAUGCUCCGGGAAUGAAACCAAGGAGUGCCAACGAGGGGAACUCCUCCCGCCAGGCACUGUCAAUGGCUUCUUCCUACUCCAAUAUCAGCCCGGAGGAAGCUGCAGGCGCUGAAUCUCGGGGGGAUUUAAAAGAUGUGGAACCUAGGCCCGCCAGUGAUGACUUCCCGUCUGCAUCUCAUUUCUUUAAGACACUUUACAAUCAAGCCCAAGUCCUCGUCGAUCAAGAGUCGAUGAUUAUGCCGUUUAGCACGCCAACGGGUCACGUAAACAUCCUCCGAAACCUCUCGCCUGAUCUCGUGUACAUGCAGGAGAGUAUAACCGGAGAUAAAGGUGAAAAUGUCCACAAUCUAACAAGAUGGAUCCGGCAAACUGUUGUGGUGGUCGGCGAUGAAGGAGGGCGUGGAGGUCUGGUGGAUAGCGAUGACGAGUCGGCUGUGGCAACCGAAGGGGAAAGAUGGUGGCAAAAAGAGGGAGUUAUAGGCCUGGGGAAACGAAUUGAUGUUGUGGAUGGGGUCAGGGCCGGAGAUGACUGGAAGCGAAGGGUCUGUGGCCACGAGUAAUGUGCCUGUCGGUUUUUAGCGGGCGGCUUCCCGUGAUGCACCGGGAUUUUAUAUUUAAUGCGGGGAACUGGGGCGUUUAUCUGUUUACUACGAUGAUGCUUCUUUCAUUACUUCUAUGGAGGAUGGGUUCUGGUGCUGCGCAAAAAGGGCACCGCUGGUUAAUAUGCGGAGGGAUGAGAAAGAUACCCUUUGGAGGACCGGGAUGGGAUCGUUCGCCUACCAAUACGCAAGGAUACU